AUGCAUCUGGAGAGUAAGGAGGGCAGACUGGCCUCUGCUGUGCUGGAGGUGGAGCUGCAUCAGACCUCGGCUCUGACUUGUGCGGACCCUGGAGGGCCGAAGCGCACCACACCCACCGCCAGUGACCACAGCCGCUAUACGACUGAUGUCCCAAGUCCCUGUCCCAGCUGGGCUGCGGGGCAGAGCCCCUGGGCUCCUGAACGCAAGGGUUUGGGUUCAUUCCUCAGUCUCACUCUCCUCUGCCUCAGUUCUUCAGCUCCAAGUCUAAAGAUGCCUGCUUCACAGAAAACACUCCUUUGCUCCGGAAUUCCUCACAAGAGAAAAGGUCACGCCGCCUGCCCGCUUACCACCCUGAAUUCAUUCCUGAUGUAGAAUCAUGGGAAGACAGCUCGGCUGAGUGGGAGCGAAGACACAUGCUCACCAGAGGGGUGGCUGGUUGGUCCGCAUCUGCCUCCUCAGAGAAGGAAGAACUGACAGACAGCACUCACCUCAGAGUCCCUCUGUUGAAGCUGAAGCGCUGCGUGAGGUGGCUGAAGGUCACGGGGCUGUUUGUCUUUGUGGUGCUGUGCUCCGUUUUAUUCAGCCUGUAUCCAGAUCACAGAAAGUUCUGGCAGCUGCUGGCCGUGUCACCGCUGGAAAGCUACUCUGUGAACGUCAGUGGCCACACAGACUCUACGCUGCUGCAGCUCAGCCUGGCGGGGGCGCUGGCAGUGAGCGGACCGAGCCGUUCCGGGAGAGAAGAGCAUGUUGUGGUGGAGGUGACCCAGACGGGCGCUUUGAACUGGAGGCGGCGGCAGCCACAGCAGGUCACCCACAACUGGACAGUGCUUUUAAAUCCAAGAAGAAGUGAGCACUUGGUGGUGAGCAGGACCUUCACAAUACUGAGCAGAGAAAAUGUCUCCAUUAGCAUCUGGCCCUCCUUUCAACAGACCCAGGUCGUUCCUCUCCUGCUGUCCCAUCAGUACCUCCGCAUCAGCAUUGAAGCACAGGUGGUCAUCGCAGCAGCCAUCCUUGCGGGGGUCUACACGCUGAUUAUAUUUGAGAUUGUUCACAGGACUCUGGCGGCCAUGUUGGGGGCCCUUUCAGCAUUAGCAGCUCUGUCUGUGAUUGGCGAUAGACCCAGCCUGACCCAGGUGGUGGAGUGGAUUGACUUUGAAACCCUGGCCCUGCUGUUUGGCAUGAUGAUAUUGGUAGCCAUAUUUUCAGAAACUGGGUUUUUCGAUUAUUGUGCUGUGAAGGCGUACCGACUGUCCCGCGGGCGGGUGUGGGCCAUGAUCACCAUGCUGUGUCUCAUCGCCGCCGUCCUCUCUGCCUUCUUGGACAACGUCACCACGAUGCUCCUCUUCACCCCGGUGACAAUAAGGUUAUGUGAGGUGCUCAACCUUGAUCCAAGACAAGUCCUGAUUGCAGAAGUGAUUUUCACAAACAUCGGAGGAGCAGCCACUGCCAUCGGGGACCCCCCAAAUGUCAUCAUCGUUUCCAACCAGGAGCUGAGGAAGAUGGGUCUGGACUUCGCCACGUUCACGGCUCACAUGUUUGUUGGGAUCUGCCUCGUCCUCUUGGUCUCCUUCCCACUCCUCAGACUCCUUUACUGGAACCAGAAGCUUUAUAACAAGGAGCCCAGUGACCUUGUUGAACUGAAACAUGAGAUUCAAGUGUGGCGUCUGACUGCGCAGCGCAUCAGCCCAGCCAGCCGAGAGGAGACAGCUGUGCGGAGCCUGCUGCUGCGGAAGGUGUUGGCCCUGGAGCACCUGCUGGCCCGGAGGCUGCACAACUUCCAGAGACAAAUCUCACAGGAAGAUAAAAAUUGGGAGACCAACAUCCAGGAGCUACAAAAAAAGCACAGGAUAUCAGACAGGAUUCUGCUUGUCAAAUGCCUGACAGUGCUGGGCUUUGUUAUCUUCACCUUCUUCCUCAAUUCGUUUGUCGCUGGCAUUCAUCUCGACCUGGGAUGGAUCGCUAUUCUGGGUGCCAUCUGGUUGCUAGUUCUAGCUGAUAUCCAUGAUUUUGAGAUGAUUCUGCACAGGGUGGAAUGGGCGACCCUUCUGUUCUUUGCAGCACUCUUCGUUCUGAUGGAGGCGUUGGCACAUCUCCACCUAAUAGAAUAUGUCGGAGAGCAGACUGCUUUGCUAAUAAAGAUGGUCCCAGAGGACCGGCGCCUGGCCGCUGCCAUUGUCCUGGUGAUGUGGGUCUCAGCCUUCGCGUCAUCCUUGAUCGACAAUAUCCCGUUCACGGCUACAAUGGUUCCUGUGCUCCUGAGCCUAAGCCAAGACCCUGGAGUCAGCCUGCCCGCCACACCGCUCAUAUACGCCCUGGCCCUUGGUGCCUGCCUGGGAGGUAAUGGGACUCUGAUUGGAGCAUCUGCAAAUGUUGUUUGUGCAGGGAUUGCAGAGCAACAUGGGUAUGGAUUCUCCUUCAUGGAAUUUUUCAGGUUGGGGUUCCCAAUGAUGAUUGUGUCCUGCGCGGUUGGGAUGUGUUAUCUCCUUGUCGCUCAUGUUGUGAUGGGAUGGAAUUAGUAAACAGUCACCGUGUGACGAUGAAGGGCAACUUACGCCAUCAUCGACAUCAGUCAGAAAACUACCCCAGACCACUCUGUGGAGAAGUAAGGUACUCAC